AUGCUCACGUCCAUCGCGUGCUCCAAGCACCUCCCGGGCGGCGCGCCGCCGCUGCGCGAGCAGCCGGAGGAGGAGGACGACAACGAAGACCACGCCAUCGCCGGAGGCGGCGGUGAAUCGGCGACGACGCCCGGCACGAGGCACGCCGUCAAGUCGCUCACCGCCCAGCAACCGUACUACCACGGCGCGUACGCGGAGUCCGGGUCCGACCGCUUCCACUACGCGUACCAGCGCGCCGGCAGCUCCGCAGCAUCGACGCCGAGGCUGCGCACGGGGGGCGCGAUGUCCAGCGGUGACGUCACGCCGUCGAUCAGCACGCGCACCGACUUCCUCGCCGGCGAUGAGGACGGGGAUGAUGAAGAGGAAACGGCGGCUGGCAGCAGCGAGGAGGAUGAGGCGAAGGAGUGGGUCGCCCAGGUAGAGCCCGGGGUGCUCAUCACCUUCCUCUCGCUGCCGCGGGGUGGCAAUGGUCUGAAGCGCAUCCGAUUAAGCCGUGAAAUGUUCAACAAAUGGCAAGCACAAAGAUGGUGGACUGAAAAUUACGAGAAGGUCAUGGAGCUUUACAACGUUCAGAAGUUCAACAGUCAAGCUGCUCCUCUGCCAAGCAUUCCAAGGUCUGAAAAUGAGAGCUCCAAAGACGAUAACCCAGCUACAGCUCCCCUUAACAAGGGGCAGCCACUGCAUACUUUGCACAGACCACUAAAAGCUAGUGGAGCCAUAGGAUAUUCAUCUUCAGAUUGUCUUCAGCACCAACCCAAUCAUCUUGGCAACAUUUACCGCCAAGACCGCUACCUUGGGCACCAAUGCUAUGAUUCAGUUGGACUGGCAUCAACGCCUAAGUUAUCAAGCAUUAGUGGAGCAAAGACAGAAACUUCUAUUGAUGCAUCAGUGAGGACAAGCUCAUCUCCUGAAGAGAUCGAUCGAUCAGGUGAACUUUCAGCCUCUGUUAGUAACAGAAGUGACCAAGAGAGGGAAUGGGUAGAAGAGGACGAGUCUGGUGUGUAUAUUACUAUUCGAGCUUUGCCUGGUGGCAUCAGAGAACUACGUCGCGUCAGAUUCAGGUUUGCUGUUUUCUGCUUAUGA